CUCUCAAACAAUGGCACAGGUUGUGGCCACGCGAUCCAUUCAGAGCACCCUUUUGUGCCCCGGUUCUGGAUCUGCACAUGACAGAGCUCAAAAGCUCUUAAAGCCUGCAACUUUUUCUUCCAAGGUUUUCUCAUCAGAAGGGAACAAAUGCUCCAAAAUUGGCUUCAGAAGUUCUCAGAUCAAUGCAAGGAAAUCUGCACCUACUGAAGUCAUCCCAGUCUCACCUGAAGAUGACCCAAAGAUUGAGGAGCAUUUGCAGCAUUUACGUGGGGUGCAGCAAUUCGGUGACACUUCGGGUGGAAUGUGGUCGAAGCCCACGUAUAGGCGCAAGACAAAGAUUGUAUGUACUAUUGGACCUUCUACAGAUACCAAGGAAAUGAUUUGGAAGCUGGCUGAGGCUGGGAUGAAUGUUGCUCGCCUCAAUAUGUCUCAUGGAGACCAUGCUUCUCAUCAAAAAGUUAUUGACUUGGUUAAAGAAUAUAAUGCACAAACCAAGGACAAUGUGAUUGCAAUUAUGCUUGACACUAAGGGUCCUGAGGUUAGGAGUGGGGAUUUGCCACAGCCAAUUAAUUUAGAACCUGGGCAGGAAUUCACUUUUACUAUUCAGAGAGGUGUUGGAACUGCAGACUGUGUUAGUGUCAACUAUGAUGAUUUUGUCAAUGAUGUGGAAGUGGGGGACAUGCUUCUGGUUGAUGGCGGUAUGAUGUCCAUGGUGGUUAAGUCUAAGACACAGGAUUCUGUGAAAUGUGAAGUUGUUGAUGGAGGCGAGCUCAAGUCAAGGAGACACUUGAAUGUUAGAGGAAAAAGUGCCACGCUGCCUUCAAUCACUGAAAAGGAUUGGGAUGAUAUCAAAUUUGGAGUGGAUAACCAAGUUGACUUCUAUGCUGUUUCCUUUGUUAAGGAUGCUGAAGUCGUUCAUGAACUGAAGAAGUAUUUGAAGAGCUGUGGUGCUGAUAUACAUGUCAUCGUAAAAAUUGAAAGUGCCGACUCUAUACAAAACCUGCAUUCAAUUAUCACUGCGUCUGAUGGGGCUAUGGUUGCCAGAGGAGAUCUUGGUGCUGAGCUCCCUAUUGAAGAGGUUCCACUUUUGCAGGAAGAGAUUAUCAGCUUGUGCCGUAGCAUGGGAAAGGCUGUUAUUGUGGCAACAAAUAUGCUGGAAAGCAUGAUUGUUCACCCAACUCCAACACGGGCGGAGGUGUCAGAUAUAGCAAUCGCUGUUCGAGAAGGUUCUGACGGAAUAAUGUUGUCUGGAGAAACUGCUCAUGGAAAGUUCCCUCUAAAAGCUGUGAAAGUAAUGCAUACAGUGGCAUUACGGACAGAAGCCACCAUACCAGCUGGUCAAAUGCCACCUAAUAUCGGUCAAGUGUUCAAGAAUCACAUGAGCGAGAUGUUUGCAUACCAUGCAACCAUGAUGUCUAACACCCUUGGAACCUCAACUGUUGUCUUCACUAGAACGGGUUUCAUGGCUAUCCUACUGAGCCACUAUCGUCCUUCCGGAACCAUAUUUGCUUUUACAGAUGAGAAGAGGGUACAACAAAGGCUGGCUUUAUAUCAAGGAGUCUGUCCUAUAUACAUGAAAUUCGGUGAUGAUGCUGAAGAGACUUUCACAAGAGCCUUGGAUUUGCUGCAGAAGCAAGGAAUGGUGAAGCAAGGAGAAGAAGUGGCACUUGUGCAAAGUGGUAGGCAACCCAUAUGGAGGUUCCAAUCCACUCACAAUAUCCAGGUCAGGAAAGUGUAGACAAAAAGAAUGACGGAGAGUGAUCGCUAGUCAUAUUUCAAGACACGUUACCUUUAAUUUUAGAAGAGCAUCAUCUUUUUCCCUCUUAGCUGCAUGAUGCCAGUCUUGCUUUUUCGUGGUUUUGCUUCCUUUCUAAGUUUCAUCUUCUCUUCUAUUUUUAUUGGCAAUAUUUUUUUCUCUAAAAUUUUGUUAUGCUUUUAAAUUUGCCACUGAC